GCAAAAUGGCCGACAUCCCAGGCGCGACCUUCCGCGCCUUGUCGCGCGCAGCCUGGGAAGCCUCGCGCGCAGAGACAUUGGCUGCAAAAGCAACGGCGAAAACGACGCAAGAAGCUCCGUCGUUCCUCGCCAGGACCAAGGAGACGUGGGCGUCGCACCGGCAGCAGCAGCGUCAAGCCCCGACGAGCAGCUCAUCAAGUGCCCAGGCGCCGACGAUGGCGACACCCGCAGCAACCAAGCCACCGACAAUCAGCACACCAGCAGAAACCAAGGCACCGGCGACAACCAUGCACGACCGCGUCCGAGCGUUCUACGAGGAGUUCAACCCGACCAAGCUAGCCGAGGUUGACGCGGUAGUCCGGAAGCACAUUGGGCGCGAGGCGGAGCUCUUUGCGAAGCUGCGGGCCAAGUACUGCCCCGCGCCGCCCCAAGACCUGGCGCCACUGACGACCGAAGCACACCCGACCGUAUUUUUCGACAUAACCUAUCGCCAGCAGACACACCGCGUCGUGAUGCGGCUCCUCGACGACGUCGUGCCGCUUGCAGCCGAGAACUUCCGGUGCUUGUGCACGGGCGAGAAGGGCCGCGGGCUGCACUUUAAGGGCUCGCAGUUCCAUCGCAUCAUCACGAACUUUAUGAUUCAAGGCGGCGAUAUCACCAAGGGCGAUGGCACUGGCGGCGCCUCGAUCUAUGCCAACACACCGCAUGGCAAUGCGUGGGGCCACUUUAAGGACGAACAUUUUCUGCCGCACGACCGCAUCGGGCUGCUCUCGCUCGCCAACAAGGGAAAGAACACCAACACAUCCCAGUUCUUCAUCACAACCCGCGCGCCGCUCGUGCAUCUCGACAACAAGCACGUUGUCUUUGGCCAAGUGGUCCAAGGUCUCGACGCAGUAUUAGCCAUCGAGCGCGCAGCCACGACGGCCGCCGGCAAGCCCCUUCCUGGCCACGAAGCCAUCAUCGUCGACUGCGGGCAAAUAUAAGAUCGUAAAUAUAUUGCCACGCCUUGUUCGCC